CACACGUCUCUAGCGUUUUUACCCAUUGUUUCUUGUUUCUUCUCCACUUCAAUUUCGCCAUCUCCAUCAAUCUCCAAAUAUCCUAGUAAUAAACUCUUCCUUUUCUUAAUUGGAUUUCUAGUUGUGGAUCUACCUUACAGUACCCUGAAUUGGAUCUUUAAUUUGAGAAUCCAUUGCGAGUUGCCACGGUAUCCUAUUAUUUUCCCUUCUUACGUCCGAUUAACCCCUGAAAAUGGAUUUGCUGCAAUCGUAUAAAGACCCGGACAUGGAAGAAGAAGAUGAUGAAGUUGAACGCCAAUCAGAUUCCCGACCGGCAACAACAACAACAUCAGACCAGGACCCGUCGCCCGAUUCCUCCCCAAUUCGGAUCUCCCUUCCCUCCAAGUCCACCGCUCCGAAAAUAGACGAUACUAUGCUGUCUCUUACCGUCGCUGGCAAGUUACAAUCUGAAGCUAAAAAACCCCUAAAUCCGACCCAGCAUGUUGUUUCGUUCAACCCCACGUAUGACCAACUUUGGGCCCCAGUCGUUGGCCCGGCUCAUCCCUAUGCCAAGGAUGGGCUUGCGCAAGGUCUCCGUAAUCAUAAGCUUGGAUUUGUUGAGAAUGCUGCUAUUGAGCCGUUUGUGUUUGAUGAACAGUAUAACACUUUUUAUAAAUUUGGGUAUGCGGCAGACCCUACUGAGAAUAAUUAUGUUGGGGAUGUUGAAGCUUUGAAGCAAUAUGAUGGUGUUUCUGUGUAUAAUAUACCGCAACAUGAGCAGAAGAAGCGGAAACUAGAGAAAAAGAAAGAGACGUUGGAGCAGCUGGAGAAUGAGGGGAAUGAUCUGAUGGAUUCAGAGGAGGUGGAUAAUCCGGCGACUGAGGCAUGGUUGACGAAGAAUAGGAAGAGUCCAUGGGCAGGUAAGAGAGAGUGGCUGCAAGGGGAGCUGACAGAGGAGCAGAAGAAAUAUGCUGAGGAGCACGCGAAGAAAAAGGGUGAGAAGGAAGGGGGCGAGAAAGAGAAAGGUGAAGCCCACGCUGACAAGAGUACUUUUCAUGGAAAAGAGGAGAGGGAUUAUCAAGGGAGGUCGUGGAUUGAGCCUCCAAAGGACGCCAAGGCUAGCAAUGAUCAUUGUUAUAUACCGAAGAGAUUGGUUCACACAUGGAGUGGGCAUACCAAGGGCGUUUCCGCUAUUCGGUUUUUCCCAAAGUUUGGUCACUUGAUAUUGUCUGCAGGUAUGGAUUCAAAGGUGAAGAUAUGGGAUGUGUUUAAUUCAGGAAAAUGUAUGAGGACUUACAUGGGGCAUACUAAGGCAGUUAGGGAUAUUUGGUUCUGUAAUGAUGGAAGUAAAUUCUUGACAGCAGGAUAUGAUAAGAACAUAAAGUAUUGGGAUACAGAGACUGGACAAGUUAUAUCAACUUUUUCGACUGGGAAGAUUCCGUAUGUAGUGAGACUCAAUCCAGAUGAGGAUAAGCAGAAUGUCUUGUUAGCGGGAAUGAGUGAUAAAAAGAUUGUACAGUGGGAUAUGAAUUCUGGGCAGAUUACACAGGAGUAUGAUCAGCAUUUGGGUGCAGUGAAUACAAUUACUUUUGUUGAUAAUAAUCGGAGGUUUGUGACUUCAAGUGAUGAUAAGUCAUUACGUGUCUGGGAGUAUGGGAUUCCUGUUGUGAUUAAGUAUAUUAGUGAGCCACAUAUGCAUUCAAUGCCAUCUAUAUCUUUGCACCCCAAUACGAACUGGCUUGCAUGUCAGAGUUUGGAUAAUCAGAUAAUUAUAUACAGUACUAGAGAGAGAUUUCAGUUGAACAAAAAGAAGAGGUUUGCGGGGCACAUCGUGGCGGGAUAUGCUUGUCAGGUUAAUUUUUCGCCUGAUGGGCGAUUUGUUAUGUCCGGAGAUGGUGAAGGACGAUGCUGGUUUUGGGAUUGGAAGAGUUGCAAGGUUUUUAGAACUUUAAAGUGCCAUGAGGGAGUUUGUAUAGGUUCUGAAUGGCAUCCGUUGGAACAGAGUAAAGUUGCUACCUGUGGGUGGGAUGGCUUGAUCAAGUACUGGGACUAAACCUUUGGAGCCAUUGAUUGCUGUGUGAAUUUACUAGCUGAACAACAUAUACGAGAAUUGCAGAGCUGUUAGGAGUAUAGUAAGCAAAUUAUAAAUGUUCAUAUCAGCCGAAGAGAUGAUUUCCCUUCAUGAUAAGGUGUCUAGACAAAUCAAGAUGAAGGCCAUCUCCAAUGUAAUCAUCAGAUCAUCUAUCAGUAUCAUGGUUUUUGUAUUAUUUUAGAUGAUAAUUACCGUUGCUAGUUUGACGUUAUCUUGGAUAUAAUUCAAUUUUUGGAGUAACCAUUUUUUUUUUUUUUUUGUAUACCACUUGUUAUCGUUUGUAACAUUAAUAGAUUGUAAUGAGUUGUUAAUUUCAAUUUGAGAUGACUCUACCCCUGCCUUUACUUUCC